AUGGCUGAAAAAGUCGACAUGAAUACUUUCUUCAAGAGCGAAGAAUAUGCCAGCUCGUUUAGACGCGCGGAGAUGGUCACCCGGCCAUUUGCGGAAACGCUGGUUGAGCAGAGCAAGGUGGCCGCCGAGUCCAGGGCCAACCCUGAUCAGCCUCUAGUGGUCCUUGACAAUGCCUGUGGCACUGGUGUUAUCUCCAGUACCCUCAAUGGCAAGCUUGAUGACACUGUCAAGAAGAUGUGGAAGUUGACUUGUGGAGACAUCUCGUCGGCAAUGAUCGAGUACACUAUGCACCGUAUGCAAGAAGAGGGCUGGCAGAACACGGAGACAAAGAUUGUGGAUGCGCAGAAUCCUGAGCUACCUAGCGGUCAAUUCUCUCACAUCUUCACUGCUUUUGCCUAUAUGACACUCCCUGAGUCUCUCAAGGCUCUCAAUGAGACGGUCAGAAUGCUAAAACCCGGCGGGACUAUUGCUUUCUCAACUUGGAUCCAACCCGGCUGGAUCCCCAUCGCCCGACAAGUGAUUGAAAGCAUGCCAGGCAACCUGCCUUUUCCCGAGGCCCCAAAGCUCUUGGGGGUCAUCACUGAUGGGCAAUGGCACUCAAAGCCUUGGAUCGAGUCCCAGCUCGAGGGGCGUGGGCUUCAGGACAUCGAUGUCCGCGAAAUAACAACAAAACUGACCCUGACAUCCCCUAUCUUGGUGGAGAUGAUCAUGAUGAUGCUUCCCGUGUUGAUGAAAUCCUUCUGGACUGAGAAGCAACGGGAGGAAAACACGGAUAACGUCCGCCCGGCGGUAGAGAAGUACUUGGAAGACACUUACGGACAUGGGAACAUCGAUACGGAUUGGAUGGCUAUUCUGUCUACAGCGCGCAAGUCUUGCUAG